GAAGGGAGGAGCGGUUGUAACUGCGAGGGGAGCGCCAGCGGGAACGGGGGGAAAAAAGCCUCCGCAGCGAAGCAGGACCGGGGCUCCCUGCACAGAGAGUGUGGGAAGGAGGCGCGGCGGUACCGCCGUAGGAAGCCGUUCUCCUUUCCGGCGGAGCCAUGGUGCCUAUGGGGAGAAAUGCCGGGUUAUCCUACCUGCUGUGCCGUGGGUGACAUAGAGAAACGCUUGAUUGACAGCUGUGCCCCUGAGUCUUCUGCGCAGUCUCAGAGUGGCUCACUCAUCAAUUUACAGCGAGGGCCUGAAACACAAUGAACAAACUGACCUUCCACAAUAACAGAAUCAUGCAGGACCGACGAAGUGUCUGUAUUUUCCUUCCCAAUGACGAUUCCCUCAACAUCAUUAUCAAUGUUAAAAUAUUGUGCCAUGAGUUACUUGUCCAAGUUUGUGACCUGCUGCGGCUGAAGGAUGGGCAUCUCUUUGGGCUCAGUGUGAUACAAAAUAAUGAGCAUGUAUAUAUGGAAUUAUCCCAGAAGCUCUACAAGUACUGCCCAAAAGAAUGGAAGAAAGAAGCGAGUAAGGGUAUAGACCAGUUUGGUCCCCCAAUGAUCAUUCACUUUCGAGUGCAGUACUAUGUGGAGAAUGGCCGCUUGAUCAGUGACCGAACUGCACGCUACUAUUAUUACUGGCAUCUGAGGAAACAAGUCCUGCGUUCUCAGUGCAUGCUACGUGAAGAGGCCUAUUUCCUCCUAGCAGCCUUUGCACUGCAGGCUGACCUAGGCAAUUUCAAAAGGAACAAGCAUUUUGGGAAAUACUUUGAACCUGAAGCAUAUUUUCCUGCAUGGGUGGUGGCCAAGAGAGGGAAGGAUUACAUCCUGAAACACAUCCCCAUCAUGCACAAAGACCAGUGUGCUCUCACUGCCUCUGAAGCCCACCUCAAGUACAUCAAGGAGGCCGUUCGGUUGGACGACGUAGCUGUCCAUUAUUACAGAUUGUACAAGGACAAGAAAGAAAUUGACGCUUCCCUUUCCCUUGGGCUUACCACAAAGGGCAUCCAGAUAUUCCAGAAUGUAAACAGUGAAAGACAACUGCUCUAUGAUUUCCCUUGGACCAACGUAGGGAAACUUGUAUUUGUGGGCAAGAGAUUUGAGAUUCUGCCUGACGGCCUGCCAUCUGCUCGCAAGCUCAUCUACUACACUGGCUGCCCUUUGCGAUCUCGGCAUCUCCUGCAGCUCCUGAGCAAUAGCCAUCGCCUCUACAUGAACCUGCAACCUCUCCUGCGGCAGAUCAGGAAGCUAGAGGAGAACGAAGAGAAAAAACAAUAUCGUGAAUCCUACAUCAGCGAUGCUCUGGACCUUGAUAUGGAUCAACUGGAAAAGCGUUCCCGAGCCAGUGGAAGUAGUUCGGGUAGUGUGAAGCACAAGCGUCUCUCCCGCCACUCAACUGCUAGCCAUAGCAGUUCCCACACCUCUGGAAUUGAGACUGAUCCAAAGCCCAGGGAACGGGGGACUGAGGAGGACUUCAUGGUGGCUGCUGUCCAUCGCCAGCUGAGAGCUUGCAGCUCUAUGACCAGUCACGGUAGUUCUCAUACCUCUGGAGUAGAAAGCAGUGAGAAGGAACGCCUGGAGGAGGACUCCUCUCAGGAGGAUGAAAUAGAAAUGCUGGUUGAUGAUCCUCGAGAUCUCGAGCCAACAAGCGAAACUUCUCUGGAUGACAUCAGUCCUGAUGUUUGCAUUUACAUCACAGAGGACAUGCUGUUGGCCAGGAAGUUUAAUGGACAUUCAGGAUUAGUUGUCAAAGAAGUGAAUUCGUCGACUUCCAGCUCCUCGGAGACAGUGGUGAAACUUCGUGGCCAGAGCAUUGAUUCAUUGCCACAGAGCAUCUGCCAGAAAGCAAGGACCUCCACCGAUCGCCACAGCUUAAGUCUGGAUGACAUUCGGCUCUACCAAAAAGACUUCUUGCGCCUGGCGGGCCUAUGCCAGGAGACAGCACAGAGUUUUACAUUCGGGUGUGGCCAUGGAUUGGCUGAAGACGACCUGUAUUGUAAUGGCUGUUUAGCUCAACAGUGCAUCAAUAUCCAAAAUGCUUUUCCCGCCAAAAGAACCAGCAAAUACUUUUCCUUGGACCUCGCCCAUGAAGAUGUUCCAGAAUUUGUUGUCUGAUGCUGUCCUUGGGUGCUCUGGCAAGACAGUGCAGUGUUUCCACUUCCAAAAACCCUUUCUGCUGUGCCAAACAGGAAUUUUUCCCCUCAACAGUUUUCCCAGGAAAACGUUAAAAAAAAAAACCAAGGCCUGUUGCACUUUUGUAAAAGCUCGUCCUAUUUGCGGGCUCUUCGGCAUCAAUGUUUGCCGUGAGGCAGAAUUUGAUUUGGUUAAAAAUCAGUUGGAUUUGGAAGACCUGGUCUCUUCUUUUGAAAGGACAUCUUGAUUCACAAGAAGGAUGCACAAUGUUUACUUUAAGUAUAGAUAUAUCUCUUUUAUUUGUUUUUGUUUUUUUAUUUGCCUCCCGGGGGCUCUUCUGUGCUAUGCAUACCAUAGAUUUUUGCAUCACCUUUGCAGUUUAGUUUUUCCCCUUGUGAGAAUAAUCGCUUUAGUUCUUCUUCUCCAUUCCCAAGUUUUUUGUGCCAUGUCAAGCCAAAGAAAUGCCCCCUGCACAGUGAGUGACAUCAAGACGAAGCUCUAAGCAAUAACUAACCCAAAGGAUUGUGUAGAAAAGUUGCUCAGAUGAUGAAAGCAACUUGAGAUGCAAGGAAUCCAUCUUGUGAUCUUCCCACCCACUCCCCACACACAAAAAAGUAUGUAAGCUUUUGAUCCAAAUGGAAUCUUUGUGCUAUUUUGUAAAGUUUACAAAAAGAAGAAGACAAACCAAAACCAAAACAAGCAAAUGAACAACAACAAUCCCCAAAUAGAUGUUAGAUGGUUUGGGGAAACUUUCUGGAAGCUUUGUUGUUUCAAAAGGGAAAAAAAUGAGGAUGUAGCAAUAGGAUUUGCUGACCAAAGUACCUUAAGUUCAGAGAGAGAGAGAGUGAAAGAGAGAGACAGAAAGCAUGUGUGAGAGAGAGCGAAUAUAAAAAUAUGCACAUUGCAGAAAAGAGUAUAUGUUUAAUGUAUUUUUGAAAAUAUAAAACUCAAUUUAUGUUUUAUUUUGGUUUUGAUUUCAGUGCUAUUUUUAAAAGAAAAAUUAACACUUCCUUUCUUUCAAACUGCAUGUAUAGACAAUCGUGCAAAUGCACAUUUUACACAUGGUUAAAAUAGUUUCUUUGGUUUUUAUUAUUAUUAUUAUUAUUUUGCUAUUGAGCAUAAUAAGGGGGAGAGUGUUUCUGCACUGCAAACAUGGCUUUCCCUACUCCAAUAUUUUUUUUAAACUAAACUUUUGCUUCUAUGUAUCCUGAGAUGUUCCCUUCCCCUUUCUGGAAAGGGGAAAGAUUUCUAUCUUGUUCCAGUGUUAGUUAGAUUGAUGAACAAAUGGGACUUGGAAAAGGAAUGCUCUGAUUUUAUGUCUGCCAUAGGUUGUAACAAAAGCUCCAUCAGCUGCCACCCUCCUAUCACCAAAGAGCAGAUCGCCAUGGGAUCUUUUUUAGGGGGUCCCAUGGUAAGACUGCCAACCCUUCCAUUGUCCAAGCACACUGAGAGGAUGGAAUGAGUAUCAAUAGAACAGCAACAGAAGAAAAUGCUAUCCAAUACAUUUUCCCUGCAACACUGUGACUGGUCUUGCACAGCACAAUUCCCAGUUACUGAACAACAUGCAAACGCUUGGUUAGUUUUAACCUUGAUUACUUGUUAUGGUGACUUUAGCAUAUUUCAUAACCUAGUCCCUUAUUUAGUUUGUAACUGCUUUCUGCAAAUCCAGGAGUUGGUUGAUUCAGCUACCCUGUUUCCCUGAAAAUAAGACCUCCCUGGAUAAUAAGCUCAAUCAGACUUUUGAGCGCAUGCGCUAAAAUAAGCCCUCCCCAGAAAAUAAGCCCUCCCUGAAAAUAUUGCAACACAGCAGCAGACAUGAGGUGACCAAGUUCACUGCCGCCUGCACCUCAACAAUAAUAAGACCUCCCCAAAAAUAAGGCCAAGUCCUUAUUUUGGGGGUCAAAAGAAAAUAAGACCCUGUCUUAUUUUUGGGGAAACACGGUACCAAUUAAGAAUGAUGUAUGAAUCCCGCCACCCUGUACUCAUAGCAAAAAAAAGCAUCCAGUGUAGCAUUUAUUAUAAUUUAAAAAUGGAUUAUGCGUAACUGCCUGUUUUUAGUAGAUUGGAAAAAAUAGAAAUAUUUACUUAUUGCUUCUUCACUGUAGGCUUCAGGGUGCCAGACUGUCAGAAACACAUGUUUCAAUAACCAACACAUUUUCUUUAGUCCCUUCCCCAAGAGAAUUGAGGGUGUCAAUCUCCACCAGGAGUGUUGAGGUUCAUCUUUUCCUCCUUACCUCUCUACCAUUGUGCUUUAGGGUCCCUUCAGCCAUUGGUUAGAUCCACAAAAGACUUGCACUUAAUGGACUUGGAUAUAUGCAUACAACAAAUGCUUAUUUUACUAUCUACAUAUGUAUCUGCACAUAAUUAUUUUGCAGCCUCCUCUGAAACGAAAUAUGCAAAUGCCACCUGUAGUAGGUCACUCGGUGGUAGCAGUUAAUCAGCCUUGAUGGAAACUAGUUAAGAUGGGACCUGGUUUGUGUCUGAGUAGGAGCCCAGGAGAAAUUCUAUGGACCAGGAAGAUACAAAAAC